UACAAUGAAUGAGUCAAUAAAGACUGUGAGCGUUUCUUUUCCAGGACAUGCAGCAGUGGAAGAUGGAGAUCAGAUUAAUAGCUUACUGUACAUGUCCACUGAUCCAGUGAAAUGGAUUUCAUAUGAUUUUAUACUAGCUUCACCUCAACCAGAAGAACCGAUGCAGAAGGAGAGAUUGUAAAUGCAAGCAUGAUUUCAGUCGAGGACUGGAGCCCAGACCAAGUGUCCACAUGGAUAAAGCAUAUUGGAUUUCCUCAAUAUGCGCAGAGUUUUGUGGAAAAUGGAGUUUCUGGAUUAGAUCUUUUAGAAGUCACUGGUUCAGUUUUAGAGUGGCUUGGCGUUCAGGACCUUGCGGACCGGCUGUGUGUUUUGGAGCAACUUGAGGAGCUUCUUCAGUCCAGUGACCCUAGCCAUUGUCAGCACCAUGAGCAGCCAGAAUUGACACACGACAGCGUCUACAGCAGCCACAGAGGGAGUGUGGACCGUGCCCGAAGCUCCUCCUUCCAUGAGGUAGGCAGGUCACGGGAGCUGGAAAUGAGGGCGGCAGCCUCAGUUUCCGAGGACACAUCAGCUAGCAGCAGUAGUGGUAGUGGCCAUACGGUUCUACAGCGGCUCUUACAGGAGCAAAUGCGCUAUGGCGAGGGCCGAAAUUAUCUUGCCUUGCAGCAACAACAACAACAACAACAACAACAGCAGCAGCAACAACAACAACAAGGUCCAGUAAGUGGAUACCCGGGCCCUGGCAGCCCAGGGGAUGAGCACUCCAUGGUCUCUCACAUUGCGAGGCAGGAGCCUCAAGGCCAGGAGCUGCAGGCCGACAGCGGCAUGGAGAAGCUUAGCACACGCACUGGCAGUGGAGGCACGGGGUCAGGUGGUGGAAGCUGUGUGAGUAGACAAGGGCAGAAUCCCGAAGACUUGCCCACCUAUGACCAAGCCAAGGUGCAGUCACAGUAUUUCCGUGGCCAUCAGCCCCAGCAGCCUCAACCACAGAUACCCCCAUCAGUAGGUGCAGCAUUUUAUGUGACUGGCGUCAGCAACCCUAAGGUGCGACCCCCAGAGGGCAGGCCUACGGUGCAAAGAGUGAACGGAGGCAAAGUGCACCAGGAUGAUGGGCUCAAGGAUCUUAAACAAGGACAUGUACGUUCGCUCAGCGAAAGACUAAUGCAGCUCUCGCUGGCUACCAGUGGGGUCAAGGCCCAUGCGCCUGUUACCAGUUCACCACUUUCUCCCCAGCUGCCUCCACCUGGACUUCCUGGAGACUAUUAUAAACCCACUGGGCCCCCACACAGAGGCCCACCUCCAGACUACCCUUUUAAAGGAAUGCCCUCUCCACCCAAACAACAGCAGCACCAUCAGCCUCAGCACCAGGAGCCUGGACACUUCUACCCAGACCACCGUGGCACAAGCCAGCCAGCUAGGGCUGAUAUUCCUCAUGUCCGUUACCAGCCACCACCUGAAUAUGGCUCUUUCCGGUCAAAUAAGGAGAGUUCAAAUCACUCUCAAAGGUCUGUCCAUCACCACAGCCCUUCAUCUUCUGUUACGUCAGGGGGCUCACUUUCCCGUGCUCAGUCUUCCACUCUCAGCAGCAUCUUGGCCUCUUCCCACCCUCCUAUGGGUCACCAGGGAGAGCACUUCCUAACUGGUGCUCGUAGCUCACAGGGGCCUGGUUCCCACCAGGGGGAUCCAUUCGGUCCAGGUCACCCUCCACAUCAGCGGAGCCACGUGUUUCCUCAUGAUCAUUAUGGGUCAGCUCCCAGGGGCCUCCACAUGCAUCAGCACCAGUACCACCAACAGGGCCCCCAGCAGCAGCAGCAACAGGGUCCAGGACAACACUACCCACAUCCACACUCCAUGCAGGGAGAUCCUUACGCCAUGCUAGCCCGUGCCCAGCAGAUGGUGGAUAUGCUGUCCGAAGAAAACCGCUUGCUUAAGCAAGAGCUGGAAGUGUGUGGGGAGAAGGUGUCCAAAUUACAAAAGCUGGAGACUGAGAUCCAGAUGGUGUCUGAAGUCUAUGAGAACCUGGCCAAAUCAUCCACAAAGAGGGAAGCUCUCGAGAAGACCAUGAGAAGUAAGCUGGAGAUGGAGGUGCGCAGGAUGCAUGACUUCAACAGGGAUCUAAGAGAGCGAAUGGAAACGGCCAACAAGCAGCUUGCUGCAAAAGAGUGUGAAGGCACCGAGGACAAUCGCAAAACCAUCUCACAGCUUCUGGCUCAGAUUAAAGAGAUUCAAAGAGAGAAGGAGAAGCAGGAUAUCGAGUUGAAUUCACUUCGCUCCACCAACGAGGACCAGCGCAGACACAUAGAGAUCCGUGACCAGGCCUUGAAUAACGCCCAAGCCAAAGUGGUCAAACUGGAGGAGGAGCUGAAGAAAAAACAGGUAUAUGUGGAGAAGGUGGAGCGGAUGCAGCAGGCUCUAGCACAGCUUCAGGCUGCUUGUGAGAAGAGAGAACAGCUUGAGCAUCGGCUACGCACACGACUGGAGAGAGAGCUCGAAUCACUGCGAAUGCAACAGAGGCAGGGCGGUUCUCAGAACCCAGUAAGUCCUGAGUUUAGCACAGCGGCUCUGAUGGAGCACCUGAGAGAAAAAGAGGAGAGGAUUUUGGCCCUGGAGGCCGAUAUGACAAAAUGGGAGCAGAAGUACCUGGAGGAGAGUGUCAUGAGACAGUUCGCGCUGGACGCCGCUGCUUCUGUGGCCACACAGAGAGACACAUCCUCUGCCAUCAUAAGCCAUUCCCCCAGCAGCAGCUACGACACUUCGGUGGAGGCACGUAUCCAGAAAGAAGAAGAGGAGAUCCUCAUGGCUAACCGCCGUUGUCUGGACAUGGAGAGCAGGAUCAAGAACCUGCACGCUCAGAUCAUAGAGAAGGACGCCAUGAUAAAGGUACUGCAUCAGCGCUCACGGAAAGAACCGGCUAGCAAAUUAGACGCCCCUGCCAUGAGGCCCUCCAAGUCCCUCAUGUCCAUAGCCAUGGGCACCGGCAGCUCCAGCGGCUCCGGGCUGCUCUCACACUCUAUGGGUCUGAGCGGAAGCAGUCCCAUCACAGAGGAGCGUAGGGAAGACCGCAGCUGGAAGGGCAGUCUGGGUGUUCUGCUCGGCCCAGAGUUCAGAGGUGACUCUCUGAGAACAGAGUCCAUCUCCUCCUCUCCAUCUCCAGUCCUGCCCUCCACCCCCAUGCCCGCCGCCACACACUCGAAAACCGGCAGCAGAGACAGCUGCACCCAGACAGAAAAGGGUCAGGAGGCCAGCAAGCCAAGCACACCUGCCCUGCAGAGCGUAUCUGGACCGAGCCGGAUCAGCAGCCCGAGCCCAGUCUACAUACCCGACCGCAUCGCCGAUGUGCCAGUGUUUCACAGCAGUACAUUAGAGAGGAGAGCUCCAGUGCAGUCGCUCACGCAGCAGAGCCUGCCCCCGACGCCACUCCCAGCGCAGGACAUGGACAACGAGAUGGUGGAGAUACUCAUCUGAUCACACACACACAUUGAUAAAGAACUCGAAGCAGGUGAAGGAAUCUGUGCACUUCUCUUCUCUCCGUUACUCUCAGAUCAAGACUGUCAGGAUGCUUAGGAAUGCAUUCGAAUCUGCGAUCAACAAUAUACGACUUCAUUUACAAUCAAAAAAUGUUUUUUGUUACAGUAUUGUCUGGUGGUCUUUUUCCUCAUCCAGACCCUCGGACCAAAUAUAUUGCCAUUAUUUUUUUUUUUACAUUUAUUGCACUACUUUUGUUUGUUUUUACACACAUUUUCUUGGUUAUGCAAUUGUUUUGUUGUUUAUGUGUACUAAUAAUACAAAUGUGGCACUUGAGUAUCAAGCGAAAUGGUGACUAGCCGAACAGUUGUUACGUGUAAAUACUGAACCGGAAUACUGUAAAACUGAAUGUCGUAGGGCCUUUUGUAUUCUUGGACGCAUUGUCUGUUCAGCUCGUACUGUACAGUUCACCGAGCAAUGGACCAACAAGCGUUUACCUGUGUCCACAAGCUAUGUGAAAGUAUGAGUAACCCAACUGGUUUUGGGUUUGUCUGUGUGAGAGUCUGCAGUUUUCCUAUCAGAACUGAGGUCCAUCAUUCCAGUAGAGCUACAGCAGCCCACAACGUGCCUUGAGUGAGAGGUAUCCUCAUUUAGCGCGUUGUGUUAGCCAGGGGUCCAGGAUUUCCCGGUCUGUCCUUUCACGGUUUGGAAAGCCUCCAAACCUCUGGUUUCAAUGUGAUGGUUACUUUUAAGUCAUGGUUUUGUUUUGUAGAUAACAAAUGAGCUUUUAUCCAGUCUCGUGAUUGCAAGACAGACAUUUAGCUCUUGACCAAAGGAAUCCGUAAAAAAAAAAAGACAAAUUAUACGCAAGUGUUUUAAAGCAGGGCCAAGCAACGAUCCUCAUAUUAUUUAGAGGGUCUAACGUAACGCAAGAUUACAUGGAUGUGUAAAUGAGAUUCUUCCAUGAAAUCAGUAAAUAUCUAUGAAACCAUCUGAUUUCAAUGCUUUUUUUUGGCAUUUUGUCAUGUGCUUCUUCAGAACGACCUCUGGAUCUAAAUUGCAAGUGAUUUUCUGCUUGACGCUUGCGCACGUCACUGUGACGUCUGUUCAAUAUGUCCGUUCUCAUCUGGAACAUGUCACAUUUCAAGUGUUUGCACAUCUGAACAACCUUUCUAAAACCUUCCUUGGCAGAUGUUACUACAACAUUGAGCUGAUUUA